AUGAGUUCCGCGUCCCGUAACAGCUCGAAACUUUCUAAACCCCGUCGUGAUGAUGUAGAUGAAGGUGAGGACAGAUCGCGUUUGACCGCUGUGUUAGAUGACGAGACUAACGUGGGGUCAGAGACUCCAGUAAGAAGCAGUAAACGAAUUCGCAAGCCUUCCUCAAAAGCCUUGGAAAUGCAAGAUAUACCCGAGGAAGUGCUGACUGACGAAGACGACGACGUAUGCGUCAAUGCUAUGAAACCAGGGCGAGCGACUACUCCGUACCCGCCGUCUGGCGUAACACCGCGGCGCAGACGAGCGGCAUCUCCUGGAGACGUUAUAUCGGUGCACGACAGCGAUUCUGUAAAGGGCGUUCCUUCGAGGCGCGGCAAUCCUUUCGUGGACGACGAAGCCGUGGAGUCAGCAGGCGACCCGUCUGAAAUCGAAGAGGACCAAGAUCGGUAUGAGAGCGAUUUCAUCGAUGAUCGAUCCGUCUCGACGCCAUUUCUCGGCCCACAGCUUGCGAAUGAGCUCGACGCGGAUUCCGACGGGGAUGGUCGACGCAAGCGCCCUAGGCUUGGGUCGCCCCUGUUCUUGGCGGCGAGGUAUGCGUUUAACGUUCUUCAGUCCGUCGUAUCCGUGUUUAUGGAUCGUGUUGUCGCCGAAGUCCCUCCCCCGUGCCGACCAAGAAACGAGAGCACGGUGAUCGCGCCAGACGCCGAGCUGACGAUGCGAGAGCGUCCAUUGUUCCUAGGUCCGGCUCGGGUGCUUGUAUUCGACCUUCGCCCUCUCGUGGGUCUUUCCAGCAGUCGGUUCCCGAUUCUCACCGCCCGCGACCCAGACCUCGAGCUGCGGGUACCACGCCCUCGUCGAAAACGUCUAAUCCUGAUGUCUCUCAAAGAGCGCCCGCGGCCUUCUGAAGAGGAAAACGACUCCUCUGCGGAACAUUCAGCCUAUUCCAACGGCCGCCGCAAAGAACCCGUCUGCUUGUCUUCCAAAGGGGAUUCAGCGGAUUCCUCUGCUGCUGUCAUUAAAAAGGAUGGCGGCGAAGGCGUCGAGAUUGAGCAAAACGAGGAACAAUACGAACACGAUGACGACGUUCCCAUGCCCGACGAUGACUGGCUUCGCCCGACUUACAAAGGAUUGCCGAAGUUGAAAUAUGUCUUACUUGAGAAGACGUCUAAGAAUCAGAAAGAGCGAUCGGAUGAUAGUUUGCUGUCCCCGGCGAGGAUCAAGGACUGCAUUGACAGGAGCGGCCCCGAUCAUCUUCAGAGCCGUCUAUUUAGGCUGUUGACCAUGAAACACUAUAAGCUGUACGCCAAUGCCUCCAGGAUAGAUCCGUCGUUAAUCAAGCCGUCGUCGACUGGAACGAGCACGUUCUUCAACGCAUCGCCUAGGAUGUACCGCCCUACUGAGCGGUCCCUGUCCAACAACGUCUGUUUCGUCAUGACAGGAACUGUGGCUUACUCCUAUCUCACCGAAGAUGCCGUCAACGCUACUUCAUACAAGACCACGACUGAUCAUCGUAUUGGUCUCUACCCUUUCGACGGGGAAUUCCAACGUGCCAUGACUCUUUUUGGCAAUUUGGCUGGCAAGACCUCCCUUAUUUAUGCUUUCCACGGAGGAGUGAUUCCUUUCACCACUCGUGUCAAAGCUGGAGACGAAGACCGCGGAAACAUCGUCGCGACCCCGAAAAAGGCCGGUUUAUUCGGUAAAGGAAUUCCGUCUCAGCCCACAGGGUCGAAUCCAUUGCUCUCUAACAUCAAACGGAAACAUUACCCGCUGCCGCUAGCUUUCGAUGAUAAAGUUCCGGUCUUCGAUGCUCGUCGAAAAGACAAAGUUUUCAACGACAGCGAUUGGGAUGAUCUUCACAGAUUCCCGAUCUGGACGCGCGACGAGGUCCCUCCGUAUUGCUUGGUGUCCGUAGGAUACACUGCGAAUACUUACCUUAUAUCCACUAACUAUUCUGCCAAUGCUGGCUCACCGUACUUGUCCCUUAAUUUGCAGUUUGUCGUUGUCCACAGCGAUCCUGUGUCCGCGUAG